GGGCCCGAGGCGCUCGCUCAGGCGAGCCGCGCUGCUCGUGGAGCGCAGGAUCCAGACCGCGAUGCGAUGCUGAACGCCACUGAGUAUUGCACGCGGGCGGCUCUCGGCAGCAACAUUCGGAGGCUCAACGGAGAGAUAGCGUUGGAGCAAGACCAGGCCAAAGCAGACGAGUUCCGGAGGCACCGCGACACCGCCAUUGCGCGGUGCCGCGCUGACUUCGCCGCGGGGCCCGGCGCGAAUUUUUCGAAGAAGAAGAAGUUGAAGAGCACGAUCCGUGCUGAGAUCCAUCGAAUGGCCACUGGUGCCUCGCGAGCCGCAAAGCACCGUGAGGCCACAGCGACCAGCGCGACCAGCGCGGCCAAGGUCAAGCGAGCUGCGAAGCGACAGUGGGCGUGGGGGGCGGAACAGACUGGGAGACGCCAGGGCGCGAGCGGGUCUGCCUUGGCACCUAGCCGCGGCUUGUCGGAGCCGCCGCGGGGGCAGCGCGAGAGCCGGCCGCCGCGGGGGCAGCCCGGGGGCCAGCUGCCGCGGAGCGGCAGCUACCCUGACCUGAAAGUCCCGCUGGGGGACAAGACUGGCGACGCGGUCUUCAGCCUGAAGCAGCGAGCAGAGGCCGAGCGGGGGCGCGUCGACGUCGGAGUCGAUUCGCGCGCAGCCACCAGCUGUAUCCCUGAGGACAACGCAGCCAGCUGGCCGCUGCUCAGGAGCACGGGGCCACCACCUACACGAGCGCUGCCCGAUAUCCGGUGGAGGUGCUCGGCGCACGCAAGCCGCUGGCGCGGUUCCAAACACUCGUCGCUCGCAUGCAAGCCGUUGGUGCUCGCCGCUCGCAAGCCGCAAGACGACUCCCAACGCUCUGUGACUCUGAGGGCGCUUUGUCCGCUGCGCAUGUCUCUGUUCGCCUUCAGCGAGCUGAUCACGUCCUGCAAGGUUGCGUUCGACGCUGAGGAGCACGGCGGCUCGCGCAUGGAGAACAGUGGGACCGGCAGCAAUAUCCAGAUCUAUCAACGCAACGGUGUCUUCGUCAUCCCGGUCUGUCUCAAGGUGAAACCGCCCGCGAAGAUGAUUGCAGCUCAGUGGGGGGAUCGGCUGGAGACCGACCCUUUCACGGGGCUGCCUCUGAAGGCGCAAGGCCAGCCCCGCCCCCCGAUGGUCGACGAGGCGCCGCUGCAGCCCGCGGAGGAGUCCGAGAGUUUGGCGCGCGAGCCUCGCGACCCGGAGGAGGACGCCGAGUCUGACCAGGAGAUUGCAAUCGCGGCCGUCAUCCGCGCCGCCAAGAACGCGCGGGCGGGGGAGCUCACCCCUGAGGCCGCUCCGAAGGAAUCCCAUGAGAAGUCCAACGGCGCGGCCGAAGUGACCGCGCAGCAGGUUCGCGGCUUGGCCCGGGCCCCCAAGGAGCAGCUUGAGGACAAUGCGGGCGACGAGCUUCCCCGGAAGCAUCCGGCGCUUGCUUGGUUGACCGGGCAUAAGCUGGAGAGCCGAUGGGCCCCGGGGGUCUAUCACGGGAUCCGGCGAAAGACGUCGGAGAAACUCGCUGGAACAGUUGGGCGCGCUUACGCGGCGCAGUCGGUCCGGGGGAGGCCGCGGGGCGAGGCUCGGGGCAAGGCCCUGCUGCUGUCUAUCAGAGGGGCGCCGCGGCCGCCGAAUCCGAGGGCGUCCGAUGCCGCGGAACUGCCGCCGCUGAUCGAACUGGCACCAGAGCUGCCCGAUGUGCCGACCGGGCCCGCCGCAGCCCCCAUGAGAAAGGGUGGGCAGAGGCGUCUCUACAUCACCAAUAGCGAUGUGCAUGGCCCGCGGAUUGCCACGCAGCCGGAUGCCCAGCGCGCGACGCGACUCGACUGGGCGCGCGAGGCGCAGGCACCGAUGGAAGCGGAACGCGUUUCCACCGAGCGCUCAGCAGAGGGCGCCGCUUCGGCCCUCGCCCCGAGCGCCGCCCCUGCGUCGCCCGACGCCGACGCGCCCAUGCCAGACGCACGUAAGAGGCGCGCUGGCGAAGGGGCGCCUCCUGACGCCUCCGGUGACCCAUGCGGAAGCCUUAUGGGCCUGGGCGGUCUCGAUGCCGAAGGGGAGCGCUUCGGGCGCUUGGAGAGGGCGCGAAAAUGCGUCAUUGCCGCCAUCGCAAAGAACGCCCUGGACACAGGCAACCCCCGCCCAGUUUGCGAGGAACCUGGGCCCUGGGAUCGCGACGGCGCCUCCGACGCUUGGGAUCGUGAUUCCUGUUGGGAGCUCUUCUAUGACGACGUCUCCGGCAAGCUUUUCGGCCCCGCCAUGGUCCAGGAGGCAAGGGCGUCCGAGAUCCAGUUCGUUGACGACGCGAGGGCCGUCAUUGCAUUGAGCUCCGGGGAGGCCGAGUACCAUGGCCUCGUCGCUGGGUGCUCCGAGGGACUCGGUGACCAGAGCACGGCGAAAUAUGUCGGUGCUUAUACAACCGCCUUGCGGGCGAUAAG